AUGAAAGAGGUAGUGGUGACGUAUCGGCGCGGUCUACCUGUAAUAACAGUGCCGCUGCCGUCACGUCGUGAAAGAUGUCGAUUCACUCUGCGCCCGGUCUCACAGACCGUCGGUGAUUUAUUGGAGCAGGUAAAGGCGGAGGACCGUGGUGUGGAACGCGCCGUAGCGCUCGCGUGCGAUGAGCGCGUCCGCAUCGCCGCCAGCGACACCGUGGAGUCGUUACUGGAAAAUGAUUUUAGACUCAUCAUCAACGAUACGGAAUACUACGUCAAGAGCCCGCCCCAAGAGCGGUUAAGUGUGGAGGAGAUCGCUCGGCUGAGCGACGUCCGCAACCUGGUGAACCAAUUGUAUGAAGCACUCAACGUACGCGAGCAUCAGAUACGUAAGGAGAGAGAACUAAGAUCGCAGUUAGAAAAAUUAUCGCUAGAGUUGCAACCUUUAGAAGAGAAACGCAUGACCUUAGAAGUGGAGACAUCCCGUCGCACAUCUGCUCUGACGUGGAUUGGACUGGGGUUAAUGGGGGUACAGUUUGGUGUGCUGGCGCGGCUAACCUGGUGGGAGUACUCGUGGGACAUCAUGGAACCUGUCACAUAUUUCGUCACUUAUGGCACGGCGAUGGCAACAUAUGCGUACUAUGUGCUUACAAAACAGGAAUACGUGUUACCGGAUGUGAAAGAUAGGCAACAUCUUCUGAUGCUUCACAAAAAAGCGAAAAAAAUCGGACUAGACAUCAAUCACUACAAUUAUCUGAAAGAUGAGAUAGACAAGGUUCAGAAAGACCUCGCCCGGCUUCGUGAUCCUCUGAACAUCCAUUUACCAACGUCGCACGCAUCAAAGGCAAGCGAUGAGAAACGCUCUCCGUUGACAAAAUUGAAGGACAUGCUAGAUGAAACAACCAAAAAGAUGAAGAUCACGUAA